AUGGCUUCGACCUCGUCUAUGAAUGGGCAUGUGAAUGGCGAUGCUCAUUACACGCCAGAAGAUUCGUUCGAGCGACCCAGCACUGAUAUUUGGGGCAGCCAUAACGCCAAUAUUCUAGACCACCUCUACCAUGCAGGCUUCCAGACGGGCAACUAUUCAGACACCUUGCUGCAUGUCCACCAACCAACGGGUCAUCCCGUCGCAUUUCGUCUCCACGCGAUUAUACUCUCUCGCGCACCAUAUCUUGCCCACCUGAUGUCAACGUCGCAACAAGGGCUCAACGAACGCGUUUUAUACGUUCAACUGCCGCCAGAGGUUACCCACGAGGGCUUUUCGAUUGCUCUCGGUUAUCUGUACUCCGCCACUUCAGCCGGUCUGGUACACGAAAAAAACUGCCGAGCGGUUCUUGCAUCUGCUCUACUAUUGGGGGGAAUGGAUGACCUCUCCACUUACGCUUACGAGACUUGUCGACGCUCGAUUUCUGUAGACACUAUUGACGACUGGCUGCGUUUUAUGGACGCAAUUGCACCUCCUUCGGAUGGUUCUUCCACUCCCAAUCCGGCACUGUCGGUCCUUGGUCCAUAUGCUGAACGACUGCGAAAUGAUGUCUUCACCUUCCUUGUUGUUACUCUACCUCAAAGCUUGGACCUUCAAGCCGAUUCCGACUCGAAAGCCGGACGUGACGUCUUAUUACAGAUUUUCUCACGGGUUCCCUUCGACCUUUUCAAGACGGCAGUGGAAUCCUCUGUGUUUGAGAUUGGCUCAGCACAGACGCGCUUUAAAUUCGCAAAAGACGUCAUUGAACUGCGAAAACGGGGAAUAGCAGCCCACGGAGGAGAAGAGACGGUGGUGCUGAGCAACUUUGGCGGAUCAGCCAUUCACAUAACUCGAAAGAUGCGCAAACGACCGUUGUGGAAGGUCAACUCGUAG